GUCUCGUAGAAAUAAAUAAAGUAUCAAGUGAAAAAAGAAUAAAAAGAAAAUCAAUUUCCAAUUGAUUAAAUAUGCGGAGAUACGCUGAAUCGAUCGAACAUCCGAGCCUGCGUGCUAACGGAGGCGCCAUGCGACUUCUUCGUAGAUUUCAGCGUCCGUCGUAAUCUCGUUCGUUGCAGUUUAGAUUUUGUCAUAAUCGGUCAAGCCUCGAACAAUUGUGAAUCGAAACGAAUAUAAUCAAUUCCACUGAAAAUGCCAUCGGUACGCCGAAUGAUCCUCGGACACGUUAUGUCCGGUUUAUGUACCAAAAUGAACCGCACGAAAAAACUCCAAGGAGAUUUACUCGAAACUCCAAUGAAAAGAUGUCUUUCCACCUUCGAUAUUACUCUACUCGGCGUUGGUCACAUGGUUGGCGCUGGAAUCUACGUUUUAACAGGAACAGUAGCUCGCGACACGGCCGGCCCAGGCGUAAUUUUAAGCUUUUUACUCGCCGGUAUAGCUUCUUUAUUAGCAGCGUUGUGCUACGCUGAAUUCGGUGCACGAAUUCCGAAAGCUGGUAGCGCUUACGUUUACACGUACAUUUCUGUCGGUGAAUUUUGGGCAUUCGUAAUCGGAUGGAACAUUAUAUUAGAGCACAUGAUCGGCGCGGCAUCCGUGGCAAGGGCUUGGAGCGGAUAUGUCGAUUCUUUGGCGGGGGGAUCGAUCAGCAAUUAUAGCCGUCGAAUAAUGCACGGAUACACCAUGGCAGAACCGCUUGGAAGUGUUCCAGACGUUUUAGCCGCCGCAUUAUGUCUGUUUUACGCGAUGCUGCUAACAUUGGGCGUUAAGAGUUCGGCAACGGUCAAUUCCUUGCUCACCAUCGUGAAUUUAGGGGUAAUGGGAUUGGUGAUCGGACUAGGAUUCGCCUACGCGAAACUUUCCAAUUGGAGUUGCGAGCACGGAGGGUUCUUACCCUAUGGAUUCACCGGCGUAUUAGCAGGUGCUGCAACGUGCUUCUACGCGUACGUCGGCUUCGAUUCUAUCGCUACUUCCGGGGAAGAGGCACGCGAUCCUGCAUACAGUAUACCGCGAGCAACGUUAUUUUCAAUGACAAUCGUCACUGUUGGCUAUGUGCUGGUUGGCGCCGCUUUAACCCUGGUCAUACCAUAUUGGAAGAUCAAUCCCACUGCGGCCCUUCCCGAGGCUUUCUCCUCGAUUGGGAUACCAUGGGCCAAAUACGUGAUAAGUAUUGGGGCAUUGUGCGGAAUGACGACAACCCUGUUCGGAUCCUUGUUCUCGUUGCCGCGAAUAAUGUACGCCAUGGCAAACGACGGUCUACUGUUCGGCUUUCUCGGCCAUAUCAACAAUCGCACCCAAGUACCUGUCCUCAAUUUGGCUAUCAGCGGUUUCCUCAGUGCCUUAAUCGCCUUGCUCUUCGACCUUCAACAUUUGGUCGAGUUUAUGUCCAUCGGCACGUUCCUGGCCUACACCAUCGUUUCAGCCAGCGUCAUCAUCCUCAGGUAUCGGCCUGAAAAGGUCACACCCUCCCCGUCGAACGUGGGCACGCCGAGCAGCUUGACAUCGCCACCCACCGAGGGCGCCGACUCCAACAGCGAUUGCAACAGCGUCACGUCUGCCGAAUCCGAGCUCCUAGACUUGAGCGAAGGCACCGGUAAACUUAAAUCACGAUACAUUUGGCUAGCCAACUUUCUGGGCAGUUGUAAACCGGGGGAUGUGGUGACGGGCUCCGUGAUGAUAUACACAGCGGGUUGCAUCUCCUUGUGCUUUCUGUUCAUACUGAUAUCCCAAACGUACUUUGCCCCCGCGUUGUGGGACUAUUUCGUUCUGGCAAACGUCAUCCUGCUACUGAUCGGAAGCCUUUUCGUUAUCAUCGCCCACCAGCAGUCUCCCCCCACCGGCAAAUUCCGCGUGCCAAUGGUGCCUGUGAUACCGGCCCUCAGCAUCUUGUUCAACAUAGGCUUGAUGUUCCACUUGUCGCUUUUGACGUGGCUACGGUUCCUCGUCUGGAUGGUCGUCGGGAUGUUGAUAUACUUUCUGUACGGGAUUCACUACAGCAAAGAGGCGGCAAGCCCGAACUCUUACUCGAUACUGAUGGCCACCUCGGAGGCGGGCAGGGGUGCGAAAUGGGGCGCCACGUUACGGGUCAAUCAGAAAAGCGAUAAAGUUCCGAUAUUAAACGAGGAAGAUUUCGUACGUUAGAGGGAAUAGAGUUCAGGGAUGUAAUGUAAGUAAAUUAUAUCACGUAGAGAUAGGAGGAAUUGUUAAAGAAAAACUUGACCAUUGUUCCCUGUAUACGCUGAUUUGAAACAGAAAUUUAAGUAUCCUGGGAUCUUUGUACAUACCGAUAUAGCUAUAACGUUAUGUAAAAAAAACGCCAACUUAAUUGCAUAUUAAGAAGCUUCUUUUGUCUAAAAAAAAUUAAGCGAUUCAAUUGUGGAUGUGGAUCUCGGAGUGGGCAAGGCUACGUGUCCUGUUGACAAUUCAAUUGCGAAGCCGAGUGAUUUUCAAUUGAAUUUCGUCCUAAUUUAUUUGUAUAUCAGUAAUAUCGCAAGUUUUGUUGGAAAAAAUAGUUUCCAUUCUUGUAUGUAUAUUAUUAUCGCGCACAAGUUCGAAGUGUGUACAACCCUUUUACAUUUUACAGGUGUACAUUUAACAUUCUGUCUUGAUAGUCAGAUGUAGCUACGCAAAAUUGAAUUGUAUGUAUGCCGAUUGUACAUUGAAACGAAUUUUAUUUCUGUAUUUGUACAAAAAUGCAUAAGGAAACUAAAUUUAACUGAAAUAUAUAUAUAAAAUACAAUGGUAUGAUUUAGUCGAUUGUAAGGGAAGAAGGUAUCGUAUUUUCAAUAAUUUCAUUUCUGAAUAUCGCGUCUGGUCAAUCUGGAAAAAUUCAGAAUAAUUUGUGAAUUUGAUAAUUAGGAUCAAAAAUCAAAAAAAAAGGAGGGGAAAAAAAAAAUAUAUAUAUAUAUAUAAAGGCCAGAUUAAAAAAAAGAAAGACACGCAGAGCAUUAAAAAAGAGAGAAAAAAAAAAAUGUUAAUGCUCUGGCGCAUGGAUCGAAACAUGGUGCCUUGGGAACGGAUAGACUAAUUAUAUACAGUAAGAUGUACGAAUCUAAAAGCAUGACAAUAGAUUCGCCUGUUAUAUGGCGAACGAUUAAAUUUAAGAUUAAUUAUACACGGAUUUGCUAAGCACGUGGAUUGCCUGGUGGCGAUAUAUCAUCGUUAUACUGGAAAUAACUUUUCUUUCUUAUUUGGUAAACCUCUUUCAAGAUUAGAACAAGUUUCACUUUGCGAUUUUAUUACUUAACCAAUUAAUCGUAAUCGUAGUGAUUCUGAUAAAAUCAGAAUGUUGAAUUCUUGAGAGAUUCCUCUAGGAUUGACCGUUCCUAAUACACCAAAUUUAUUACACGAUCUCUCUUAUGUUAAAAAAAAAAAAAAAAAAGAAAAAUAUGUAAUAUAAAUUUGACGUAAAAGAAACAUCGAUUAAUAUAUCGCGUCGCAUCUAGAAGUUAUCGUUUUCCGUUUUUCGAUUUAAUUAAACUUAACUAACUAUAGCGUAUUAUAUAUUAUUUUGACAGUCCUCCGCUCAGCAGAUCCAGCAAGGAUCGAGUACCGUAGCAGAUAAUGUAAUCGAUGUUACGUAAGAAAGUAUAUUGGUACAUCUUGCCACGCAUCGUCAAAGCGACGUAGAUGUUACAUAGAUGAAGAAUAACGUAGCAAACACCAUAAUUACAUCUUACGUAAGGUUUAAGGUGAUACGUUUAUGGAGGAGAAUGUAUCGCUUCGGACGAGUCACGCGAAUAGCUUAUUAUUCUUUUCAGGGCUCGUCGUUGUAAUACGAUCGGUGCAGAAAACAUUGCGCGAUCCGUUUCGUCUCAAAUAUUUCUUCCAGCUUUCCUCAAAUUUGUACAGAUUUUUUCCGUAUAUAAAUCCCGUCUGGAGCGAUCCAUCUUUUAAAAUAGAUAAUGUAUAAAAGAGAAAAUUCAAUUGAAACGUUACGCAGAUUAUUUUCCUCGAGAUGAAGUUCUUCGAUUAUCGUUAUUAUCGCACAAUUGCAAGUACAAUAGCAACGUAAUAUGCGUAAUUAUUGAUGGUAAUCACGUGAAUACGUACAAAAUUACGACAGUCGUUAGGAAGGCAUUGUAAAAAAAAAAAUAAAAAAAAAAAGGCACUGUACGUGAUUAUCGUGUGCAUGUAAUCGUUUAUAAAGAUGGUACCAAAAAUUAUUGUUAGUGUUCUGUACUAUAUAUACAUACGUACAUACUGUGUCUUCUAAUAUAAAAUAUUUGUCAUCGAAAAAUCGUUUGUUUCUUUUUAGUGGCAAUUAAAUAUUCCACAAUUAUUAAUUGCAUUAUUAAACGUAUCCUUUUAAAAUACACACGAAACGUAAUGUUUAUUCUUCGAGCGAUAUAUCUUUAACAAUACUGACUAGAAAUAUGCGAUUUUAAAAUAUCUCAAAUUUGACAUAUCGAUGUUUGAUCGAACUUCAAAGUCAUUAAUAACGUAACAUGACAAAGAUUUACGAGCAAAUAUUGAUCCAUAUAAAAGAGCAAGGCUUAUGCUUGAGGAUUCUAGAACGAACUCCGAAGUCAAAGUAAAAACGUGCAAGAUGUUCGUCAAGUUGAUACUGAUCGUCUCAAUGAUGUUUACUUUCGUUUGCGUACGAAGUAUCGAAAACGAAGUUCAGCAUUUAUCAUUGUUCUCCUCUGCUCAUGCCGACUCUAUCACGGAUGCUGAAUCAUUCGUCACCGAUGGACGCUGCGCUCUUCCACCGACCACUCAAGCGAAUAUAAAUAUACCUCUUAAUCAUCACAAAAUGAUGAAUUCGGAUAUGGCACGCCUCAAGAAAAGAACGCCAAGUCACAAGGAACAAGAUCAGCAACAAGAUUUACGACCUGGAUGUUGUGGAUAAACAGUGAAUUAUUCGUCAUCGAUAAAUUCUUUCUCGUGAAUAUUUGUUUUCAAAGUAUUUACGUACAAAUUAUAGAUGGUACUUAAACGCAUAUUAUGAAUACGUUUUCCUCUUUUUGGUUUCUUUCACGGAUAAGAUAGUAAAUGAAAUAAAAUAAUGGCUAUCAUGCCGCAUAAAGAUAA